UGAACAUGUCCCCGCGCUUGCGAUGUAUUGUGAAGUUCACGAACCGCAGACUGUAUUCGAAGAUGUCUGAGCCUUUGGUGCCUCUUCCUGAUGUGGAACAGCUCAGUGAGCGGGUCGUCAGGGUUCUCGGUGGGAAUCCUUCGAAGUUCACCCUACAAGGCACAAACACAUACAUCAUCGGCACUGGCACAAAACGGUUGUUGAUAGACACUGGCGAAGGCAAGGAGGCAUGGAUACAAUCACUCAAGUCCACAUUGUCUCAGCACAACAUCACAAUCGACAAAGCCCUCCUAUCACACUGGCACCCCGACCACGUCCAGGGAGUCCCCGACCUCCUCGCCCACUCUCCAUCCACCAAAGUCUACAAGAACAACUCAGACGGCAACGAUGAAUGGCUCUCCAUAUCCGACGGGCAGACCUUCUCCACCGAAGGCGCCACGCUGCGCGCCUUCCACUGCCCCGGCCACACCACAGAUCACAUGGCCUUCAUCCUCGAAGAAGAGGACGCCAUGUUCACAGCCGACAACGUGCUGGGUCAGGGCACAGCAGUCUUCGAAGACCUCGCAGCGUACAUGAAAAGUCUGGACAGCAUGGCCAAGCAAUUCUCCGGCUGCGCAUACCCCGGUCACGGGCCCGUCAUCGACAACGGGCCUGCGAGAAUUCGUGAGUAUAUCAAACACCGCAAGCAGCGUGAGCAGCAGGUGCUCGAUGUGCUUGCGCAGGAGAGGAAGGAAGGGUGGACGAGCAUGGAUAUUGUAAAGGUCAUUUAUAAGGAUUAUCCGCAGAACUUGUGGGAGCCGGCAGAGAAGGGUGUGAUUCAGAUUUUGGAAAAGUUGAGGGGCGAGGACAAGGUUGUGAGGAGUGAGAAGGGGACGUGGGCCUUGAGUGGGAAGGCGAAUCUUUAGGUAGCCAAUGAUUUACGAUAGACUAACGACGCC